AUGGAGAGUAGAUGGCGACUAACAGUAUCUUUCAACACAUCACACUCCCUGGCAAGUUCGCGAGUACUUGUAGACGGAUUUGACUCAACAGCAGAACCUCAUCAAUAUCCAUUAAUGGUUGAAGUAAUGCAAAAGGAUUUGGAAUCUCUACAACCUGCACUAAAGAAAGCUGCUGAAGAAACUUUGAAAAUGCUGAAAGUUAUAGAAACAGAAACAUUUGAGGUUGAGAAAGCUUCAGAGCGAGUAAGAAGUGAUGAAGAAAUAGCAAAUGAACAAGCAAUGUCUGCGAUGGGGUUGAAAACUGAAUGUGAAAAUGAUUUGGCUUUAGCCAUACCAAUUCUAGAAGAUGCUGUGGCAGCCCUUAAUACUUUAAAACCAGCAGACAUUACUCUUGUUAAAUCUAUGAAAAAUCCUCCUGAAACUGUGAAAUUGGUACUUGCUGCUGUGUGUGUAAUGAAAGGAAUCAAGCCUGAUAGACUUCCUGAUCCUAAAAACCCAGGGAGAAAAAUAAAUGACUACUGGGGCCCAAGUAAGCGAUUACUAGGUGACAUGUCAUUUCUUCAACAACUUAAAGAUUAUGAUAAAGAUAACAUUCCCUCAAAUAUAAUGAAAGCAGUGAGGACACAAUAUUUAAACCAUAAAGAUUUUAAGCCUCGAGUUGUAGCCAAAGCAUCAAGUGCUGCUGAAGGACUUUGCAAAUGGGUUAUUGCUCUGGAUAAAUACGAUGUAGUCGUGAAGGUAUGA